AUGAAGGCUCUUGUGUGGUAUGGCAGCGAUGCGACAUUGAGCGGUGUGAGCCCCGUCUACAUUGCUGCCCAAAACGGUGAUCUGGAAGCGCUCAAGUACCUGCUGCAGGAGGCCCCUGAAGAGCAUGGGUCCCGCGCAAAGCAGGCAUCAGCUCCUGAGGACCGCCACGGACGUGAGAUGCUAAGCCAGAAGAUUCGUCAACUUCUGGACAAGCCGGUUGUGAAGGUCCUGUGGCGCGAGAUUGGAGAGGAUGUUGGGCCGAAUAGAGCCAAACGAGGUGGCACAACUCCUCUGUACAUUGCCUGCCAGAAUGGACAUUUCAGCAUGGUGCAGAUGCUUAUUGAGCUUCGGGCAGAGGUCAACAAAAGCCUCCAGACGCUGGAGACGCCUCUGUUCAUUGCAUGCCAGGGAGGAUUCCUGGAGGAGGUCCGAGUUCUGGUUGAAGCAAAGGCAAAAGUCAAUGAGGCCAAGCAGGGCGGGGCUUCCCCUCUUUACGUCGCUUGUCAGAAGGGGCAUGUGGAGGUGGUGCGAUACUUGCUCU